GAGGCCCAACUGUACCAGGCAAAGGUUUCCACCAGUCUUCUUGCAUAACUCUGUGAGUGAUAACACUGGUGCAUUCCUCUCAACACACAUCACAGCUGCCAACAUCGUUGCCUUGUUUUUUUAUUCACCCCUCUAGCUUACAUUUAAAUACAGUCUGUCUCACUGCUCUCUGCAUGCGCCGCAGGGACAACAUUGAUAUUAUGCAUGUUCAGAGAAGAGUUAAGAGGAUACCUUUCUAUGUUCUGAGGAGAGAUUUGGGUGAUUUCAUCAAGAGGGUGAUGUCAUCUGACAGCAUGAAGCCCUGCAAUGAGGCCCAAAACGGUGAAUUGGAGAAGCAAGAGGAAGACAAAGAAAUGUCAGAAUUGUUAGCUCCUCCUCAUGAUGUCAUACAGAUAUCAGAAGACGGACUGAUGAAGGGCCGGAAGAAGGAAAUGCAGUCUGGGUAUGGCAAAAGGAGAUUUAACAAGAAGAGGCUGGGCGGACGCUCGGGUGCACGGCAGGUGGGUGGACUCCAUAAGUCCAUCCCCAGAAGCUCGCGGAUGUGCUCCUGCAGAGGCAAGGAGAUGGGACAGCCUGAAGAGGAGCUUGGAGGUGCUGGGCCUUUCUUCUUCAUUGGAGGAGCCAAUGGUGCAGAGAUAGUGAGCACCUACUGUGAAAAGAGAGGAUGGAAGAGGAUCUAUAACAACCACAGGGAUGACUUCAAACUCAAGUGGUGUGAGACCAAAUCUCCAUCCAACUACCUCAACUUCAGAGAAGGUGAACAACUGGUGUAUCAGAUCCCCAACAACAAGGUGCUCACCACCAAGAUCGGCCUGCUCAGCAGUCUAAGGGAGUACGAGCGAGUCAGCAGCAAAGUCAACCACGGCCAAGCACUCAGGAGGCUGAAAAUUGAGGAGUUUAUUCCUACAACCUUCCGUAUGGAUCUAAAACAAGAGCGAGAGGCUUUCUUUGCCCAGCAGGAAGGUGUGAGCAACAACUACGGUCAAAUGUGGAUCUGCAAGCCUACUGGUCUAAACCAGGGCAGAGGGAUCUUUCUGCUGAGGAGCCUGGAGGACAUUGCUGCCUUGAAAGUGAAGUUGCAGGACAUUGAAGACCAACAGGUCAAAGCAAAGACGCUUCUACGCCAACCUCAGGCCCACGUUGUCCAGCACUACAUCCAAAGGCCGCUGCUCUUAAAAGGGAAGAAGUUUGAUGUGCGCUCUUACCUCCUGAUCGCCUGCACGUCACCUUACAUGGUCUUCUUUCACCACGGAUAUGUGCGACUCACCUGUGACCUCUAUGAACCCAGCUCCAACAACCUCUCAGUGCACUUGACCAAUCAGUACAUGCAAAAGAAGAACCCUCUGUACAGCCAAGUGAAGGAGGACACAGUGUGGUCCAUGGAGAGCUUCAAUGUGUACGUCAACGACAGGUUUCAGGCUGCCAAGGGUCUACCAAGGGACUGGGUGCUGGGCCCCUUUACCAGUGACCAGCAGGCACGCAUUUUGACCACUGAGCACGCCCGUACGCCUCUCCGCCCUCCAGACAUGCAACCCGCAAGCUCCAGCCAGGAGCCCAGUCCCCAAAACCUGGCUGGAGGUACCACUCACACUGGCUCUCCUCGUCCAGCAACAACAAGCGUUCAGCGACAAGCGAAAGGGAAAAAGAAAGGGAGCGAGAGAGAGAGACAGAGCACAGCGAUGUGCCUGAGCAGACAACAAGGCGCAUGCAGCAGAUCAUGAGACAGUGUUUCUUUGCUGUCAAAUCCAAGCUGAACUGCAGACUAGGAUUCUUUGACCUGAUUGGCUGUGACUUCAUGGUGGAUGAGGAAUUCAAGGUGUGGCUGUUGGAGAUGAACUGUAAUCCAGCUCUCCAUGUCAACUGUGAGGUGCUGAGGGAGGUCAUACCGCCCACUGU